ACAAGAUCAAAACCACUUUCUUCCCAAAUAAUUUUCUGUAUAAAACAGAGCAAAUUUCCUCAUCAAGUAUACAAAGAGAGAUAUCUUUCCCCCUUAAAAAUAUCCCUCCGAGAUCAACAACAACCAAACAAUGGCAAAGACUGCUGCAGCCGCCGUCCUCCUCUCCGCCGCCGUCUUCCUCCUCGCCUCCGCCGCCGUCGUCGUCGAUGCACAGGACAAGAUGUUCGUCGAGGGCAAGGUCUACUGCGACCCGUGCCGCGUCGAGUUCCCGACGAAGAUCAGCACCAUGAUCGCCGGCGCCAGGGUGAACCUGCAGUGCCGGUGCAGGGACAACAACACGAUGACGUACAUGGUGGAGGGCGACACCGACAAGACCGGGACGUACCGGUUGCCGGUGGAGGCCGACCACGAGGAGGACAUCUGCGAGGUGGUGAAGUUGUUGAGGAGCCCGUUGGACAACUGCAAGGAUAAGUUCCAUUUCAUCGACCGGGCCAGGGUGCUGCUGACGGACAACAUGGGGGUGGUGCAGGCCACGCGCUACGCGAACCCGAUCGGGUACAUGACGUCCACCACGGACCCGCGGUGCGAGAAGCUCAUGGAGGAGAUGGGGAUCACGCUCCAGGAGGCUCAGACCAAGAUUCCCGAUAAGCUCUGAUCAUCGUGGUUGAUCGUGGAUUGAUGGAUUGGAUAUGGAUUGUUACGUGCACGAGAAUCGAGUAUAGUUUGGGUUAUUUGUUUAAUAUAGGCUGCAUGCUGCUCUUUGCCCUUGGAAGUGCCCUUCAAAAAGAGAAAAAACAUAAAAAAGGAGAAUGUUUGAUCAAGUAUACCUGAAGUCCAUCUAGAGGAGACAUUACUACACCAAUCAACGACAAAAUGUGUGUAUGCAUAUGUGUUCCCAAUGUUGGCAAUAAUAAAAGAUUUAUUUGUCUCAAACUACCAUGAAUGAUUUGUGUAUUGUGUAAUUGGGGAUCGUGCCAAACCGGCAGUAGGCAGUUUAUCGCAAUAACUUGCGGGUUGUCCGAAGAGAUUCAAAGAUAUAUUUGUUUACCGUUGCAUCAUAUGUAUAAGCUCUUCUCAAAUAAAACCCAAUUCAUGAAUUUGGAAUUUGCACAUAUAUGCC